CGACCUCAAGACAUGCAGAAAGCCGGCGAAGACGUGCACGAGCUCAACACCCUCUGUUCGUUGCGAACGGCGAGCUCGGAGACUCUGCGUAUGGACAGCCCCAAGGAGGCCUCCGCUAAGCAGAGCCUGCUGCCCCGCAGCCGCGAAGAGUGCCAGAAGCUGUCACCACGGCAGCGCCAGAUUCUGGGACAGUGCAACGAAUCGCAGCUGGAGACGUCUGCUUCUCCCAGCGGUGCCACAUACGGAGUACUUUUUGAACUAUCGCGAACAAAAUCAUAUGGCCCUGCAAUCCAUUAUCUUGCCUUAAGGCUCAUGUUUCGAGACAUGAAGCGAGGGCAUGUCGACGGCUUGGCCCGUGCUCUUGUGGCGCUUUCGUUGGAAGAAAUAGAAGCUUUCUUUGCAGGCAUGUCCGCAGACGAAAGGAGUCAGUGGGUCAGAUUUUCACGAGUCAGUCUUCGCUCUACAGCACCACUACCGACCACAGGACUCUGGUAUGCCCUCAUUAAAGCAAUGGCUGAGGCGCAUGACACGCUCGACAGCGCGCGGGCAGUGGCCCUACUCCGCAUGUACGACUGGCAUACGCCGUUUGUCCUGCUCUUCCCCUCCGACCCUUCGAAACCAGACCCGAGCCGGCUCAAGCUCAUACUAAACUACGUCCAGGCGAGCUACAGCGACUGUCUGCCGCAGGUCCGGGACGACGACCCGAAUCCGCCAGAGUCCGACAUCGUCCUGCAGGUCUACGCAGCCUACUUCAGCAUAUGCCCAGAGCCGCUGCUCUCCUCUCUGCUCGAUCACGUCAUCGCAGGCUUCACCUCUCACACACUACGCGACUUCCACGAGCGGGACCUCGCAGCCUUGUCCAACAACGCUCCGUAUUUUAUAAUGCAACCUUCCUCUCUUGACGAGCCUGCGGACUCUUCCCGUGGGCGAAUCUGGAUGACAAAACAGCAUCCCGCAUCACCAUACCUGCUCUUUGCACUGCGACUUGCGACGUGGAGUGCCGCCGCCCGGGCGGGGCUCGUCAAGCGCGGUGUCGUGCAGGCCAUCGAGGCGCUCUACGACAUGGACGAGACCGUCGUCAACACCGACUGCGGCGAGCGGCUCGUGUCCGGGAUCAGCCAGCACAUCAUGCUCCAGCUGUGUGCCCUCCUCCUCGGCGCACUCUCCGAGUGCUACGACUCGAGUAGGAGCACGCUGAUGGAGGAGUUACGCGCCGACAUCGCGAGCUACUCCCGCUCCAUGUCCAGACGUUUCUUUGCGCCUGAGGUGUGGGAAAUUCGUGAUGACUAGUCCUGCCUCUCGUCACCAAACUGUCACCUAUACCCCACACGCCACUUUUGCUAUCUACUGCUCCAAAGAGUCUCGGAUUGGGCGUGUAAUUUCUAUGAAUUUGUG